GUCUGGCCGUCACGACUCACAUCCCAUGUGUUCAAGUAUUUUGAAUUUUUUCACAAUUUCACUUGAUAAAUUUGAUUGUUUGAAUAAAAACAUCUUCUUUAUCCAACACUCUAAUAGCAUAACAGUAGUAUAAAAUUUAAUGUCGAGUUUUGUUCGAUACGUAUAGUCAUUAAACGGAAACCCGAAUCCACGAGCGAGGUUUUUCGUUCCCGUUGGGGUCGAUGGAUUCUUGGGAGUAUUAACUGCUGGCAUGAACUGAAAGUGCUCCAGUUCAAUUCUUGCUGUUAUUUUCCCGUGUUCUGGGAUAGUGGUUUCGAAGAACAGCCAUUUGUGAUGAUUGCCUGUACUGGCAUAGAUAAAAGAUGGUGUAUCUGAUCUCUUUCAUGCUAGUGAGCGGACCGAUGUUUUGUAUCUCCGAUUUGGAUACGAGCAGCGUGAUUGCGCAAGGAUAACAAUCAUAACAUCGUCGAAUGCUGUUAGUCGACCUGAGAAACGGACGAGAAUACCGAAUACGUUGCAAAAACUCUUCUGUUAAUGUGAACUUCAUACAGUGGAUUCUUUGCGAACAGUGAUAGCCUACAGGAAAACACGCUUGCGAUAGGAAUGUCGGACCAGUUCAAACCUCCGAGUUGGGCUGGCCCCGCGGAAUCUGGAUUGCAUUUGGAUGUUAUCAAAGAUGGCCAACUAGUUGCAAAGUAUUCAGUGGAUUCCAAACAUUACUAUCUGUUUGGAAGAAAUUCGGAAGUUGUUGAUUUCGUUAUUGACCAUGUAUCGUGUUCUCGUGUCCACGCUGCAUUGGUUCACCAUAAGGCGUUGAAGAGGCCGUUUUUACUAGAUUUGGGAAGCACUCACGGGACGUUUGUUGGUAACAUUCGUCUUGAACCACAAAAACCACAACAGCUCUUUCCUGAUUCUUCCUUCCAUUUUGGAGCAUCAACUCGGCAGUAUAUUUUACGAGAGAAAACCAAACCGAAAGACAAAGAAGUUGCAAAUAAAGACAAAGGUUCAGGGCGUGGUGUUGCACUUCCCUCAUCAGAUCAAGAACUGGAGACUUUAACAAUAUACAACACGGAACAAAACUGCCGCCUAGCGGAAUUAAAAGUUCAAGAACAGCCUAAGGGUGGACCUACUAAGCGGAAGCACGUUGGCUUCAUGGAUGUGGAGGAAAUCAUUAAUAUGGAGGACUGCGAUCCAAGUGUUGGACGAUUUCAGAAUUUAGUCGCCACGGAAAUAAUAGCUUCAAACAAAAAGCAAAAGACCCGUUUCGAACCCCGAGUAGCAACUUCGCUGCAUCGCAUUGCGCCGCCGCUGGCCGCUGCUAAAGGUCUAGAUUUGUACGAUGAUCUGCCUGGUUCAAGUACGAUGCUACCCAACAGCGCACCAGAUGUUGAUGAACAUCCCCAUGAUCCCAUCAGCAAUAGCGUCAGCGAGCACGAAGCGUCUCAUCACAAAAAGUAUGCCAAAGAAAUUUGGCCGGGGAAAGCUCCAAACCUGCCUCAUGCUGUUGUAUAAGUUUUUGUCACAGUUAUUUGCGGGCCAUGUAUAAUAAAGCGUGCAUAGGGAACUAGGACAUUCGUAGGAAUGCACUGGAACACCUUGGGAAUUCUUAAAGAUGUUUCGUUUUGUUUUGUUGAGAAUUACCUGCUUCUUUUAUCGGCUGAAUGAUCCAUCGUCGGUGUUAGAAAUGGUGUCUUAUCUGCUAACGGAAUGGACAAGAAAUUGUGAUUUUAUUGUGGGUGUGCGUCGUUACGUACAAAAUGCCGCACAAUCUGUUUUUUUUUGGUACUACAAAUGAAAAUCUUCUGGAUGAAAGAAAAUAAAAUUGCACCACAAGUACAGUACUUCCCCUCAAGUCACUGUACUUGUACACUGUACAA